GCAAACUAAAGGAAUACAAAUCGGAACAAGUUCAUCGGAACGCGUCUGAGCUGCAAAACAGCCGCCUCCAGUUAACGCCGAAGAUAAAAAUGUUUUGGACAAAAUGCUUGCAAAAGCCUUUCAGAGUAUGCGGAGAAAUCCAAAAUUUGUCUUAGCCCAACUUCCCGAGGCUUACAAACUUCCCAUGUUACGAGAAUGGAUAGCACGACGUUUCGGAAAGGUAUAUAGUCCAAAGGAUAGGCGUACCUCAUAUCGAUACUCGCUAAAAAUAUUCCAUGCUCUGGAUCGCAUGUCCUUCGAUUUUCCUACACCGACUGCUGACCGACUUGGCAACAAUCAAUUCGAAGACUAUAAUUGCAAAAAAUAUUUGGCAAAAAAGAUUGAAUUGGAAAAUCUGAAUUCAGCAACUGAUGAUAUCAACAAGUUGGAGAUCGAGUUGGAAGAGGCCAAUUCCACUUUUCGGAUAUUGCUAAAUGAAUCUACACGAAGACUAAAAUUGUCAUCAAAAAAGUUGGGAAACUGCAUUGAUAAGGCCAGACCCUACUAUGAAGCAUUAGAAAAAGCGAAAAUAGCCCAAAUUGAAUGUCAGAAAGCAGCAGUGAAAUUUCAAAGAGCAAAUGAAAUCCAUGCUGCAGCAAAAGAAACUGUGGCGUUGGCUGAACAACGCUUUAUGUCAAACUCUCAUGAAUGGCAAUUUGAUAAUGCUUGGCAAGAGAUGCUUAAUCAUGCCACGCAAAAAGUUAUGGAUGCGGAGAAGCAAAAGGCAGAGUGCCAUGCCGAACAUGAAAAACAUACCCGGAUUUUUCACGUAACAGAGCAAAAAGUUCAACAACUUGAAGAACGUUUUCGACGAAGUAUUCUGAAAUCACGUCCAUACUUUGAGGAGAAGCAAAUAUGCCAAGAUCAAUUACAAACCCAGAAAAAUCGUAUCGAAGAACUUCAAGUGCAAAUACAAACAGCCAAAAAUAAAUAUGCUACGGCCCUUCGUAAUUUAGAGCACAUUAGUGAUGAUAUCCACCGACAACGUGGGGACUAUCCACAAUUGCUGGGCACACCUCCACCAGGCCCUCGAGAACCAGGUGUGGGGGCUGAGUUAAACUCGCCUGUGAACGCUCAAAUGCCUCCACUGCCCGAUUUUCAUAUAGAACUUGGAAAAUGCGAUUAUCCUUCUAUUAGCGACAGUCAAGUAUCUUUGGGCGCUCAAUCACAAAAAUCUGAAAGCCUCCCAGGUUGCAGUGAAAAAGCACGCCAUUGUGACCAAAUCUCUCUAGCAACAGCGGCUUCUAUCGAUGAUUCGGAUUUAGAAAAUGAUGACGUUAUCAUAAAAUCUCACAACACAAACAAAUCUGGGAGGGAAUCCACCGAACAAAAUGUAGUCGCAGACUUUGCCGAUGACAACGAUCUCGAAACACUGAGACAGAAGGUAAAAUUUUUGGCUGUAAGGCCCAUCGAAGGUGGCGAUGGCCAGCGACAUGAUAUAAUGGGAACUUGGGAGCAUGAACUGAAUGCUACAGUAGAUAAACUCGACCAUUUACUAUUACUUAAAGAGUGUGCAAAACUGCAAGAAAUACAAAAGCCAUUCGAAAACAUAAUGACGAACAAAACGGUCCGCCCAGAUUCCGUUGGGGCAGAGAUAUUACACCCUCAAAAUCCCCUACAGAAAAUAUCUGAAUUGGAUUUGAACAGUCUGCCUAACACGCCAGAUCACGUGGCUAAACCCUUAAAGAAGUUACAUAAAUUAGAGCCUUUGCCUAUGGGCAACGUCUCUAUGAGAGAAUUACCGUUGUUAUCGCCACUUUCGAACGAAGUACUUCAUCAAAGCAUAAAUUCCACAAAACAACGUAGACGACGUUCCCUUGAGUAAAUGUCUACGACAUUUUCAAUCGAAAAUUCGCGAAACAAAUCCUUAGUUAUUUAUAAGUGAUUCCAGUUUUAAGUAGAUUACAGCAUUAUCGAUCAAUGUUAUAUGUACGUACAUAGUUAAACCUCCUCCUAUUCAAUUAUUAUAUAAUAAUAUUGUUAUAGGGUGAAGUUGUGGAUAUCGCAAACCAAUUGCCCGUUUAAGUAACUGCAAUAGUAUAUAGCACUAAGCUCCACACAAAAAUAAAAACCAGUAUUGCAGCUUUAAUAUAAUGCAAUGUUAAAAAAGUUUUAAUAAAGGCAAGUUCUUAUAAAGAUUUA